GGAGGUUUAGAGUGAGCAGGACGCGCUCGAGGACUUACCGAUCGGUCCCGAGCUGAUCGUUCACUCGCGACGCUGCUUUGAACGCAGACGUUUCGGAUAAAAGCGGAGAACCUUCUCACUCUUCUGGAUCUGAAGCAGAAAUGAAGGUUGAAUUCGCUCCGUUAAAUAUUCCGUUGCGGCGUCGGUUGCAGACCGCCGCUGUUGUGCAGUGGAUCUUCUCCUUCCUCGCGCUUGCUCAGUGUUGUCUAGCUGCGUUUGUGCUCAUCUGCUUAAGUGAUUGGUGGAUGGUGGGUGUGCUGUAUGCUGGUUGGCUGUAUCUAGACAAAGACACGCCCACAUGUGGAGGUCGGAGGUCAAACUGGGUCAGAAGCUGGAGCAUGUGGAGAUACUUCAGAGAUUAUUUCCCCAUUUCUCUGGUAAAGACUGUGGAUCUUGAUGCAAGCUGUAAUUACCUGUUUGGUUUCCAUCCACACGGCGUGUUGGUCGCAGGCGCAUUUGGGAAUUUCUGCACAGAAGCGUCUGGAUUCUCCAAGCUGUUCCCAGGACUCACUCCCUACCUCCUGAUGUUACCUUUCUGGUUCCGAGUUCCUUUCUUCAGAGACUAUAUCAUGUUUGGAGGGCUGGUGUCCAGUGAGAAGGCGAGUGCCAGUUACCUGCUGAGCCGGCCGGGGGGCGGGAACGUUGCAGUUGUGGCGGUGGGCGGAGCUCCUGAGUCCCUGGAGGCGCGGCCAGGAGCGCUAACACUUCAACUGCUGCAGAGGAAAGGCUUCAUCAAACUGGCCCUCAAACACGGAGCUUGGCUGGUUCCAGUGUUCUCAUUCGGGGAGAACGAACUGUUUGAUCAGAUGGAGAACCCAACAGGCUCUGCCCUCCGGCGGGUUCAGGACCACCUACAGAGGAUUAUGGGCGUGGCCUUACCACUUUUUCAUGCCAGAGGAGUUUUUCAAUACAGCUUUGGCCUUCUGCCUUAUAGAAAACCCAUACACACUAUAGUGGGGAGGCCGAUUCCUGUUGAUCAGAAUUCCUCUCCCACUAAAGAAGACGUUGACUCUCUCCACUUGCGCUACAUAGAGGGCUUGAUGCAGCUUUUUGAAGAGAACAAGGGGAAGUUCGGAAUCAAUGAAGACAAACACCUGAGUUUCAUCUGAAGUGUGUGUGUGUGUGUGUGUGUGUGUAUGUAUGUAUGUGUGCACAUUUGGUUUGCCUUGUGUCUGUAACUCCAAAGUUAAUAGGAGGUUGUUAUUUGAGGAACAUGAGGGUUCCCCUCACGUUGGCAGGUUGUGCUCAUGUGUCAUUGGCCACAUUCCUGUUUACUUAUAACCUGUUUAACUGAAUGAUUUAGAAUAACUGAAGCGAAAGUUCUGAAUCAAAUACUCACAAAGUGGAAGGUGAAUCAAUCAGUGCUGUUUACAAAAAGGCAAAACAAAAGGAGUUUGCUUUGGUCCAAGUUGAUUCUUACAUUUUGACCUGAGAUCCUUUAAGCUAAAUGUAACUCUGACUGGUUGAGGGGUGACACACAUGGUACAUGUUUAAGAUACAAUCUUUAAAAAAAAAAAGAAGAAAUAUAACAUAUUAACUGGGACCUUUAUCAAUUCCUGUCUCCAAGGAUGUAAACUGGAGAAUAAAAAUUACCUGCUGCUGUUUGCA